UAAUAUGCAAAAUUCAAUUCUUAGCAGAGUGGUAGAUGUUAGUUCGGCCAUUUAUUAUGAUCCAGAAGUGUUUUGCUUUGGCGAUGAUGAAUUAAACUUAGUUUUUGAAGUCUCAGAUAGAUAUCCAUAUAUUUCUGGUAGUUCACAUUAUUCUAACAUUCACGAAAUUCCUAUUAGAACUGAUGGGGAGUUUGAGAUCGCUGAUUAUGAAUUAUUUGUG